AUGCACGCAAGAGACCCGAGCUGCCGGGACAAGGCCGACGGGACGGCGAGUGCAGCUGAUCAGCAGGCCAAGCGGGCUGUGGCUUCAAUGGUUGUCAAAGCAAAAACUCAGGUGUGGGAGGAGUUCAGCGAGGUCGUGGAUCUACGCUUUGGGUCAGACUGUCAGACAACUCGCCGGGGAUCGGUCCGCCAGGGCCCCUGCUCCUGGCCGCCGUCCGGCUCACAAAGCGCCCGAACCCUACGGUGCCUCCUGCAGGUGGUGGGCCUGCAGGGGGAUGGACCCAUGUCCCUUUUUCGGGCUGUGCCAGGCCCAGCCACCUCCCCGGGCUUGGCUCCAGGGCGGGGCCCCGGUAAUCCUAUCCUGGGCAGGUCGUUGUUGAUCUCACUGUUGUAGGGGAAAGACUCUAGGGCUGCAGAUAAGACUGUUGCCAUGGUCCUGAAGGAGAUACCAAGUAAGGCGUCAUCAGAAGGGAAGCCCCUCCUCACAGUGACUACCAAGCUGGUGAGUGAGCAACAAGAGAGCCGCCCGCUUCUAAGCCCUUCUAUCGACGAUUUCCUCUGCGAGACCAAGUGCGAUGGGGUUUCCCGCCCAGUUACUUCCAACACAGCCGUUCUUUCUUCAACUCUGGACCUGCUAGAUCUCAGCGAACCUGGAGACAGGAGAAACAGCAGGGACAGAAAGAGUGCCCUGUUAUCCCAGGGAGACAGCCAGAAGAACACGUCACACAGGAAAAAGACAGAUGAGACGGAGCUGAUCCAGGUGGAAGUUGAACAUACGGGACCAAGUAUGCGAACCCCAGAGAGGGCAUCACUGGACUCAGUUACGAUUGGCUCACUGGAUAAAUGGGAAGAACUGAAUCCCAACCCUGAAAGAAAUGGCAACAGAAAAUGGAAACUGGAGAGACGACGUUCUUCUAAAAAUUCAUCUAAUGAGUUUCUGUGGUCCAUAGAUUGUAAAACACAGACAGACUCUUCAAAUAAGAAUACACUGGAAGCAAAUACCAAACUGGAACCAGAGUCUGCACUGGCGUCACAAGCUCGCUUAACGAAGGAGCAGCGGUGGGGGAGCGCCCUCCUGUCCAGACAUCAGUCCCUGGAGGAGGAGUUUGAGCGGGCCAAGGCUGCUGUUGAGUCAGAUACUGAGUUCUGGGAUAAGAUGCAGGCAGAGUGGGAAGAGCUGGCUCGGCGAAACUGGCUGACGGAAAACGAGCAGGCACAGAUUCCCUCCACUGUGUCUCCGUACGAGAAGGGUUACUACUUCCACACAGAUAAUCCUUAUAAGGACUUGCCUAAUGCAUUCGAAGAGGGACUGAAGAAAUCCCGAGAGGGAGACUUGCCAAAUGCUGUUCUUUUGCUGGAAGCAGCUGUCCUGCAGGACCCUCACGAUUCAGAGGCCUGGCAAGUCCUGGGGACCACCCAGGCUGAAAAUGAGAACGAGCAGGCAGCGAUUGUCUCCCUCCAGAGGUGUUUGGAGCUCCACCCAAACAACCUUAUAGCCCUCUUGGCUCUGGCAGUGAGCCUGACCAACACUGGUAUGCGCCAUGAUGCCUGUGAGGCCCUCCUCCGCUGGCUGAGACACAAUCCUAAGUACAAGCAUCUCGUCAAAGGCAAGACUCAUCUAACGGGAUCUCCAAACUCCCAGCGCAGGAUGUCUCAUGCUCCCAACUUGGGCAGACAUGAAAGCUCCCUGCUACCAGAGGUCAAGGAGCUCUUCCUGGAAGCAGUUCAGCAGAACUCUGACAGCAUUGACCCAGAUUUGCAGACGGGCCUCGGGGUGCUUUACAACCUCAGCGGAGAGUUUAACAAAGCCGUGGAGGCCUUCAACACGGCUUUGUCAGUGCGGCCCGAGGACUACUUGUUGUGGAACCGCCUCGGGGCCACGUUGGCGAAUGGAGAUCGAAGCGAGGAGGCAGUGGAGGCUUACACAAGAGCCCUGGAGCUGCAGCCGGGGUUUAUCCGGUCCCGCUACAACCUGGGCAUCAGCUGUAUUAACCUGGGGGCACACAGAGAAGCGGCCAGCAACUUCCUGACUGCCUUAAGCCUUCAGAGGAAAAGCCGGAGUCGCCAGCAGUCCCACCAGGUGAUGUCUGGAAACAUCUGGGCAGCUUUGAGGAUAGCUUUAUCCAUGAUGGACCAGCCUGAACUCUUCCAGGCUGCAAAUAUCGGUGACUUGGAUCUUCUCAUGCGGGCCUUCAACUUAGACAUUUGAGGACUGGGAGGCAGCGAUGCGAACAUCUGCCCCCUCUUCACUUACUAUCUGAUUUCUACCCAACAGCCAAAAGUCCAAAGUGCACACAUCAGAAUGGACUGAUGGACGUUAGAGACAACAGUGUGUUUUUAUGCACGUCCAAAUUAACUACAGUCGUCAAAGCUAUUAUAUUUUUCGCCCAAGUACCUCAGAGCAGUUGUGGGGAUAGGUUCUUCCAAGGGUUUGAAGGGACUGCUUUGUGUUGGAUUUGCACUGUAAUUUGUGAUUUCCCUGAAGAGCACAAGGACGGGCAAAGAUUGUACGAGCAAUGCCUUAGAGAAAACAUCAAUUAAAAACUGACUCAUCCAGCGGAACAGAGCCGAGCCAGCAGAGACGGAGCGACAGGCAGACGGACGGUUGUACGAGCCUGAUAGAGCAGACCUCACAGGCCGUUUUCAAAGAAAAGAGAGGAAAAAACGUUUGACUCCUGAUUUCUCUCCUGAAGGAUGGAUUUAGUGACCAAAUGACAAAGACUGCACCAUAUAACCUGGAGCUCCAGACUCUGUUCCUGGCUUAUUUUCAUCCUCUUUCAAUGGGAAAAUAAUGAUACUGCAUGAAUAAGCAUUUUCAUAAAUGGAUUCUUGUUUCAAAUUAACAUACUUUUAGAAGUUUUCCCUUUGCACUUCAGAUAAACAGAUAUAACUUCCUCAGUCCGAGUGGAAUGUGCAAGCCAGGUCUGUAAAGCCUUACUCAAAAGCAUGCGACCAACAAUAUUUAUUUAUACUAUUUUUAUGAAAACAGAAAAAACCCACACUAAGCCAUUUUCAGACUAGUUUCAUUUUCUUUAAAUAACUGCUGUCUUUUGAACUUGAAAGCUUUUUGUUUCGCUUGGUUUUUCUCUCCUUUUUUUUGGCUCCUAGCUCCUCUUUGUUCCCUUUAAGCUGACUGCAGAAACACACCGAAAAGCUGGGCAACAGCAAUCUAUAAAACCUUCAUUAGUCUUUUCAAACUUUAGCAUAUGAAAAAGUUAUUCUUAACAAGUCUAAAAAUAUCUCUUUUUAUCUUCUUCUGCUAGUUCCAGGAUGGCU